CGCGCGCUGUACAGCUAUCCCGUCAUCAGCAGUGCACGCUAGGGCUCGUGAACGCGCAGUGGAGUGUCUCAGUCGGGCGCACAUGCGUUCCUUCAGCGCGCUGCUUCAGGAGCGUCAUUAAACUCGCGCACAUCACAAAAUGGCGGAUUCCGAUUCGUGGGACGCGGAAAACUUCGAGCCGAACGAGCCGCUGAAAAGGGCGGCGGGGCUGCAGGACCGGUGGGAAGGAGAAGACGAAGAAGACGAUGUCAAGGAGAACUGGGACGAUGAUGACGAUGCGGAAGAACAGAAGGUGGAGGAGAAAAAAACAGAGGUGAAAGUUCCAGAGAAGAAAAAAGUGACCACUAAAAUCAAAGAAAUUGAAAAGGAGAAAAAACAAGAGGAGCUGAGGAAAAGGUUACAAGAGCCCCAGGCCAAUUCCCAGCUCACACCUGAAGAGCAGGCAGCCGAGAAACUGCGCGUGCAGAAGCUGCAGGAGGAGUCGGACAUGGCGCUCGCGUGUGACGCCUUCGGUGUUGAGACAACUACCACAAACAGUGCCUCGGGAAUUGAAGCCAUGUCUCCCUCGACUAAGGAAGACUUUGUAGUUUUUGAGAAAUUACUGAGAGACAAGAUUACACAGUUUGAAAAGUCGGUGCAUUAUUCCAGCUUUUUGGAGUCGCUGUUUCGGGAGCUCUGUCUUUCACUGGAAGUAGACGACUUAAAGAAAAUCAGCAAUUCCCUGUCAGUUCUUCUUAGUGAAAAGCAGAAGCAGGAAAAGGAAAAAGCCAAAGGCACUAAGAAGAAAAAGAAAACUGUCCUUGCUGGCGGAGGAUUAAAAGCAAAAAUGAAAGACGAGUUUGACGAUUACGGUGACUUUGACGUCGGCUACAACGAUUACGAGGACUUCAUGUGACGAAGGCUGAAUCACACCCCCCUCGCCAAACACAUCCCCCCCCCCACACCCCCUCAAAUGCCCCUCUCAAGACAUGCAGCAUCCCUCGUCUCUCAUUUUCUCUCAUCAGUGCCAUCCUGGAGUAAACUGAACACUGUGUCAACCUUUGACUUUUUUUGCUUCAGUGGUCAAAACAACUCUUAGUGAAGCUGCUAUCACCAAAAUUUCCAUUUGGUGACAAAAGGAAGAUCUAUCAAAUUGCCUUGUAUUUACAACUCUGCCUCUCUGACAAAGACUUUAGGACGUGAGACAUCUUUGCACAAGUGUCUUCUCCAAUUGGCCAACAUAAGAAAAUAAUCAUAAUGCCUUAUAUAAAAUAUUACAGAAAACAUGUUUAUUUUGGUUGAAAUACUGAAAUAGCUGAUGGUGUUAACCUCUGUGCAAUUUUAUUUACAUAGAAACAAAUGUGAUAUUCUAUGCAAAAUAAUUGUAUACAGAAUGUCUAGGGGAAAAAAAAAAAAACAUAUGGAUAUUUUCCUCUUGUGGAAAUUUCCACAGAAUUAUAUCUAUAUCUCUGAUUGCCAGUUGUCAGCAACAUCAAAUGCACAUAAUUCAACAAUUUUUUUUUUUGUUUCCUUGAAAAAUGUCAGUGCAUUUACAGCAGACACUACAUGAGGAGCACUGGUGGUAGGUACACUUUUUAAAAAAUAAAAAAAAAAAAGGAUGGAAAAGCAGAAAAAAGUAAGUACAAUUUGAAUGCGGCGUUUGUAAUGAUGUGCUAUUCAGUUGUUCUGAAAGUGAUUUGACUUUUUCUUUCCAUUUAAAUGUUUACUUUGCUCUAAUGCUGGUAGAGUUACAUUACUAGUGCAGGAGUGUGAGGCUUGGUCUUUUGUUGUAGCUUCUGCAGGUUUGUAUCGAGGAAGAAGAUUACAGGCUGAACAGAUAAAAACGUUUGCUCCCAA